AAAAAAAAAAUAAAAAGAAAAGCUUAAACCUUUAACCUCCUUCUCAACUCAAAACCUUCGAGUCUUAAACCCUAAUACGCGAAAAUGGAGGUGGAAGCGUCAGGACAGGGAGAAAUGGAGAUUGUGAACAACGUGAUGUGCCUACUGACUGACCCAGAGGGUGCUCCCUUGGGACCAGCCAUGUACCUUCCUCAGAACUCUGGUCCUCAGCAGCUUCAACAGAUCGUUAAUCAGCUUCUUAAUAAUGAGGAGAAGUUACCUUAUGCAUUUUAUAUAUCUGAUCAAGAGCUUCUUGUGCCGCUUGGAACAUAUUUGGAGAAGCACAAAGUUUCUGUGGAGAAGGUACUCUCAAUAGUCUAUCAACCUCAAGCUAUUUUCCGGAUCCGCCCAGUUAGUCGUUGCUCAGCAACAAUUGCUGGUCAUACAGAGCCUGUACUUUCAGUCGCAUUUAGUCCUGAUGGUCUGCACUUGGCAAGCGGUUCAGGUGAUACUACUGUUCGCUUGUGGGAUCUGAAUACCCAGACUCCAUUGCAUACAUGUACAGGACAUAGGAAUUGGGUGCUUUGUAUUGCCUGGUCACCUGAUGGUAAGUAUCUAGUGAGUGGGAGCAAGGCUGGAGAACUUCAAUGUUGGGAUCCACAAACAGGAAAGCCUAAUGGCUCUCCGCUCAAUGGACACAAAAAAUGGAUUACUGGGAUCUCUUGGGAACCAGUUCACCUAAGUGCUCCAUGUCGACGAUUUGUAAGUGCUAGCAAAGAUGGGGAUGCACGUAUAUGGGACGUUGCUUUAAAGAAAUGUGUCAUGUGUCUAAGUGGUCACACUCUAGCCGUGACCUGUGUCAAAUGGGGUGGAGAUGGGAUGAUUUAUACGGGCUCACAAGAUUGCACUAUCAAGGUCUGGGAAACAUCACAAGGAAAGCUAAUACGUGAAUUGAAGGGCCAUGGACACUGGGUUAACUCUCUUGCUUUGAGUACUGAGUAUGUUCUGCGUACAGGAGCUUUUGAUCACACUAGUAAAAGGUAUUCAUCUCCGGAAGAAAUGAAGAAGGUUGCUUUGGAAAGGUACAACAAAAUGAAAGGCAAUGCUCCUGAAAGAUUGGUUUCUGGUUCUGAUGAUUUUACUAUGUUUUUAUGGGAACCUUUUGUCAGCAAGCACCCAAAAACUCGCAUGACAGGCCAUCAACAGCUUGUAAACCACGUUUGUUUUUCUCCUGAUGGGCAAUGGCUGGCAAGUGCAUCAUUUGAUAAAUCUGUCAAAUUAUGGAACGGCAUUACUGGAACAUUUGUGGCCGCUUUUAGGGGACAUGUUGGCCCUGUUUACCAGAUCAGCUGGUCAGCUGAUAGUAGGCUUAUUUUAAGUGGCAGCAAAGACUCUACACUUAAGAUAUGGGAUAUCAGGACAAAGAAAUUGAAACAAGACCUUCCAGGCCAUGCAGAUGAGGUAUGUUUGUUCUUCAAAUUAGAAUCUUUACACAAAGUGUUAGACCAUCUCCUAAAAGUUGAGCUAUAUUUUCUACAAAAAGUAGUUUUGUGAUAUUUUUACAUCAACUUUUACUAUUGUGCUUAAAUGCAUAAUUAUAAAUCUUGAUAUAAAAUUUAUUAUAUUAUUUAAUGCUCACUUAAUCAUUUAUUAAAAAAUAUAAAAUAAUAAUAAUACAAAGUUAAAUAUAAAAUUUAAUAAUAAAUUAAUAAUAAUGCAAGUCAUUUAAUGGAAAAGAGUAUGGUAGCUAAAAUUUAAUAAUAAAAUAUUAAAAAUGGCAUGAUGGUAAAUAUAAAAGCAUAGCAUUUAGUGUAAUGCAAAUUUUACAUCAUGCUAUAUUGUGAUGCAAAUUUGGAUCACUUUUGAUUAUGUGAGAUUUUUUCAUCAUAAUUUAGUAUACUAUUAGAGUAGAUUUUUAACAAAGUGAGCUAUAUUUUGCAUUUGCAUCUCCAAUGGAGAUGCUCUUAACUGGAUGUGGAUUUUGAUUCUACAAGUUGCUUUUGGAAAGGUUUUCGCUGUUGAUUGGAGUCCGGAUGGUGAGAAGGUAGCUUCUGGUGGUAAGGAUAGAAUGCUUAAGUUAUGGAUGGGAUGAGUCAAAACCAGAUACCGUUGUUCUUCCAUUUCGAAGUGUUGUUAUUAAUUGUUUUGGCUAUCGAGGCAGCAAGGAUCACACUAUGUAGAAAGAAGGAAGUAUAUCUGAGCUGGCGUCUUCACUCUCAGAAGGAAAAACUAGUUCAUCUAAAGAAGAGAUUGAGAGCUUGCUCACGUUGGAAGUUUCUCUUGUUCUUUUUACACUGAAAUUAAGAUUUCACUUUCAGUUUUGUCGAAAAUAUCAAUAUAAUUCUAGCCCCAGUAUAUUUGAACAAAUUCAAUUCUCUUAAAGAAAGAAGUUACACAUUUUUGUUUGAAAA